AAUUUUGAGCAUUUGUAAGGAGUAACUAUUUAUAACCAAACAGUGUGUAUAUAUUAGUGCCAAAAAAAUCCUAGUUGGCAUAUGUAAAAGGGAAGAGAGCUUAAAAGACAACACAGUGCUGCUACUCUUAAAGGCAGCUGCUGGGCACAAAAUUGUUCUUUUCAGUGAUCAACAAUUUUCACUACGGUGUUUUGCCUGCUGAAAUGGAAGCAAAACUGAAAGCAGAGAAAAAUUGUGCUUCUUCAAAGCAUUCAAUGAAGAGAAGCUUCAGUAGACCUUCUUGGCUUCUCUGCACUAUUGCCGAUUUGGACAAGAAGAUGAAGAAAUUGGUACUGAACAUUCCUAAUAAAGAGGGUGCUGACAGUUUCACAGAACGCGCUGAUGCCUAUUACCAGAAAAGGCCACAGCUUCUGGCCUUACUCCAAGAAUUGUACGACAACUAUCUCUCUUUGGCAGAUCGCUAUUGCCAAGCACUUGCCAAGAAUCAUCAUCGUCGAAAUUCCUUUCCUAUUCAAUCCUUCCAUUUUGAUGAUAAUGAUGAUCAAUUUGACAAGGAGGAAAACAACGGAUCAGAGAUUAUUGAUUCUGAUGCUGAGAGUUCAUUAUCAUAUCAGCCUCCAGUUCCACCCGCACAAGCCAAAUUUGAAUCAGACAUGAUUGUUGCAGACUUGGUGAUCAGAAGUGUUGACUGUGAAAUCAUCCUGCACGAGCUUAGUCAAGUCGACAAGCAUUGCAACGAGUCAUCAAGGAAGAUAGAGUUGCAGGAAAGCUUAUUGGAGUUGUUGGAAUCAGAGAGAUUGAUCUUGUUAAAUGAGAACGCGAGAUUGGGAUACAAAGUGGCUUCAUUGAUGGAGGAGAAUAAGGGGUUGUCUUCAGAGUCUUUGUUCGUGAAGAGGAAGGUAGCUGAGCUUGCAAGGUGCAUGCUAAACAGGAGGGAGGAUCAUAGAGUUUGUGUUCUUAGUCGAAAAGUUGAGGAUCUUCAAGGUCAGAUAUAUGGAUUGGAGAGGAGGAACAAUGAGUAUUAUGAGCAGCUACUGAAGCAUGAAGAAGAGAAAAGGAGCAGAUCCAAGAUGAAAAAGGGUGAACAGCAGAGAAAUGGUAGUGCUGAAAUUGGAAAGAAUGUUCCCAAGUUUUGGGACAGGGUUAAAAAGCUUGAUGUCUUCCUUUGUGCACCUGAAUUCAACUAAACCUAUUGUUAAUAUGAGAAAAUGAGUGUGUUUCAACUUAAGGUUUGCUGCAUAAAAAAAGAUAGCUUUAUCACCACACUAAGUUCUGAAAAACACAGGUUGUACGUUGAGGGAUCCUGUAGUAGAAUGUAUAAGAAUAGUAUUGAGAAGUUAACCUAUUGCUAAUAUGAGAAAACAAGGGUGUUUCAACUUAUAGUUUGCUGCAUAAAAGAAGAUAGCUUUAUCGCCACACUAAAUUCGGAAACACAUGUUGUACUUUGAGGGGUCCUUUGGUAGUAUUGAAUAGGGUGUAUUAUUAAUGCUGAAAUUAAUAAUGUUGGGACUAUUUUCCAUCUACUA